AUACAUCUAGAUACUGCAACUGCAAGAGAAAACGGGAAGUUGAAAGGAAAGAGAAACAUAAAAAUAUUACCAGUUAUACAGCCAUUUGUUUGCAGUUAUCUUCAAGAAGUGAAAAAAACUCAACUCGGGAGACCAAAUCUGACGAAUAUGAAAUGAUUUCAUAAAUUGAGAGGUAUGGUGGAAGGAGAAGCCACGGUUAAAAGAAAACGAAGAAGAAGAAGAUACAGAAAAAGAAUGUACAACAACGAGUCCCAGUAUCAAGCUCACCAGUCAGUUCCUGUGGAUUCUGGAAAGUCUGCAAUUUACACAGGAAAAGAUGAAGCUGUAAGAACAGUGGCAGUAUUAAAAUGGGAUUUCAAUGAAUUUGUUGAUACUGAUGUUAUGGAAAAUAAGAUGAUAGAAACUGUACAAGCAGUAACAUGUAGAACUGAGGGAAAUGCUGAUGAAGCUAGCUCUAUGGAGGUCACCGAUAUUUGUUCCUCAUCUUCAGUCGAUGAAGGUUUGAUCUCUAAUAUAUGCUCUGGAACAAGCACUGGAGAUAUGGUGUCAGCAGUGGGUACAAUAAGAGUAGAUGGUGUGAUGGUGAGAAGUGAGCUAAAAUCUGUUUUAGCAGAAGAAACUGUUGAUGCUGGAAUGAAGGAAAUGCAUGCAGAGAAAGAUAAAUGCGUAGAAAUUGUAAAAUCAUCUGCAAAGAACACUGUUCUACGGAGCCAUCUUAAACGAAGAUAUUUUGAUCUUCCAAAUGGAAACUGGGCUAGAUGUCUCGAUUACGGAGAAUAUCAUCCAGCAGCAGCCAAUUGUCUGUUGCAAAGGCGAGGGAAAGUAUGCUUCCUAAGCAGAAAUAAUCAGCAUAUUGGAAAGCAUUGCUCACAGCAGGGCCAAUAUUGUUUUGUCUGCAGAGGAACAUUCCGCCAAGCCCAUGAUUGUCCAAAGAAACAAGAAGAAAAUCAUAUUAUUUGUUUAAGAUGUGGGGAUUCCGGACAUGAUAUGUUCUCUUGUAUAAGUGAUUAUUCUGCUGAUGAUCUCAAGAAAAUACGAUGUUAUGUUUGCGAAGAUUUUGGUCAUCUUAGCUGUGUCAAACUUCCAUAUACUAGUCCAACAGAAGCUUCCUGCUAUAAUUGCGGCCAGUCUGGCCAUUUUGGAUCUGAUUGCUCGAAGUGUCCCAAAGUUGUUCGGGGCUCAAAAUCCCCCGCUUUAUGCUACAGGUGCAGAGAAAAAGGCCAUUUUGCCCGAACGUGCACUCUCCCCAGGAAGCAUGCUAGGAAAGUUCGUGCUGAAGUGCGAUCACCAGGCUCUAGUUCUGCUCCUCCUAAGCUUGAACCUCAAAGUGAUGCCAACAACUGCGAGGGCGAAACACAAGCACUAAUCAUCAAUAUCAUUCAAUAAUGAUGGGGGGUCAUUAUUAACCUUUCUCGAAUCAACAUCAUAGAGAAUCGAGUCAGAGUUCAUGACAACUCCUGCAAGAUGUGGAUUUUGUCCAUGGUCAUCUGUUCCGGCAUCAUGGAAAUCCAGGUUUAAAAGGUAUGAAACCAUAGGGGAGAGCUAUUGUUUGGUUAGCGAAGCGGUGUAUUUAUUUAACAUUCAAGUUUUCAACCCUACCAUGG